GGAGCGCUCACAGGUUGGUCACUGCCCGGGAAGCUGAUCGCUUUGAUUGACACUUCGUUGGGGUUUUAUCUUCAGCAGCAGCAGCAUCUGGUUGGAGACGUGAGAUGAGUGCCUAAUAGCCACUGCUCUGUUCUCCGACCUGCUCGUUUUACUUUCGCUUUCGAACGUUGCCAACUGAUCCCCCCCCAUUAGUACUCGGGAUGCUGCUGCUCCGAGCAGGUGUCACGAUGCUGGUGGCUCUGAUUUUCCUGGCUGUGCUCCGGGAAGCUGCGCUGGGAGGACAGGAAUCCCAGGUUGCGCAUAUCAGUGCCGACUUUUCCCAGGUGCGGGCAAGAGUCAACCAGCGGUUUCUCUCCGUCGCCAUCGAUUCAAAUUUGGCUACGGAAGACAUGAAGUUCAUGCAACUUUUACGCUCGCAGAAGCUCCGGACCCUGACACAGGCUCUGUCUCCUGCCUUUCUGCGGUUCGGUGGUACCAAGCAGGACAUCAUGGUCUUCAGCCCCGAUGAAGCCCCGCUAGACACGCCGGACUUCCAAAGAGGCGGACCUUCUGCAGGAGCUGCACGCCUGUGCGAUGGGAUGGUCCUGCCUGCAGACCUGGAGGAGAGGCUGAAGCAAGAUUGGCCUCAACAGCAGUUGCUUCUUCAGGAAGAGGAAACUGUGAGCAGCUAUGGAAAAAUCAAGUUCUCAGGAGAUGCGAUGGACAUGCUGUACAGUUUCGCAAACUGCUCGGGUUUCGACCUCAUCUUCGGGCUCAAUGCUGCGCUCCGGACCAAGACCAACUCGUGGGACAGCCGCAACGCAGAGACCCUGCUAGCCUACUGUGAGCAGAAGGGGUACAACAUGUCCUGGGAGCUGGGCAAUGAGCCCAACAGUUAUGAGAAGAAAUUUGGUAUUCGCCUGGAUGGACACCAGCUGGGUCAGGACUUCAUGCACCUCCGCAGGAUCCUGCAGGCAUCUAGGCUGUACCGUGAUGCCAGCCUGUAUGGGCCAGACAUCAGCCAGCCCCGUGGCUAUCGGCUGACCCUCCUGGAGAAGUUUUUGAAGAGUGGAGCAGAGGCCAUCAAUGUAUGUACCUGGCACCACUACUAUGUAAAUGGCAGAGAGACGUCACGGAAAGAUUUCCUUGAUCCAGUUGUGCUGGACAGUCUGAUGGCAAAAACCAAUGAAGUCCUUCAGAUCGUUGACCGCGUGUCCCCAGGAAAGAGGGUGUGGCUUGGGGAGACGAGUUCAGCCUAUGGAGGCGGGGCUGUCGGCUUGUCAGAUACGUUCCUUGCUGGAUUCAUGUGGCUGGACAAGCUGGGCCUGGCUGCAAAGCAGGGCUUAGAUGUGGUCAUCAGGCAGGCUCUCAUUGGCGCUGGGACGUACCAUCUGGUGGACAACAAUCUGGACCCCGUUCCUGAUUACUGGCUGUCAGUUCUGUACAAAAGGCUGGUUGGCUCGGAGGUAUUAGACGCAGCCUUCAGCUCAGGGGACCGGGACGGUCGACUGCGGGUCUACCUGCACUGCACCAGGAGGGACAGGCCGGACUUCAGGAGUGGCUCCGUCACCCUAUUCGCCCUGAACCUGGAUGAGGCCAUGGUCCAGCUCGCCUUGCCUCAUCACGUGGCUAACAGCAGCGCUCAGGCCUUUGUGUUAGAGGCGGGUGUCUCUGAUCCAGGGGACCUGCAGUCAAGGUGGGUACGGCUGAACGGAGAGGUGCUGAAGAUGGUGAAUGACACCACCCUCCCCCCCCUGCGGGGCACCACCCUGCCCCCCGGCAAGCCCCUCAGGCUUCCUGGCUUCUCCUUCGCCUUUUGGGUGCUGCAGGACGCGGGAGCCCCAGCCUGCUCCUGAGGCAGAUGCCUGCACCAGGGCAGGGAAGCGGCUUCAGCUGGACCCCCAACGCUUCGCACAGCCAAAGGCCAUUAAACAGAGAUACGGACAACAAUCCUUUGUGUCUCCCUCCUGGCUUGCAGAGUCACAUGGUUGUUAAGCACCAAUCAGCAAACGCCUUCUGUUUAAGAUCAACAAACAGCCACGCAGCCAUUUUGUCAUUUAUUGAUGUCAGAUUUAUUUCCCUUUGCCAGCAAUCGUACUUGAAGCUCUCACCAAGUAGAAUGUGAUAUUUUUGUAACCAUAAAAGGGGCCAUAUUAUACGGGUUUUGUCUUAAGAGACGGUCCCAGCUCAGGGCACUAUGCAAACACAAUGUCUCCGUGUUAGAAUAAACCUCUGCAUUUCAUAUGGUCACAGCCAGGGGGGAAAUCGCACACAGUGAGGGCUGCAUCUGCUUUAAUACAAAACCAAGGUCUUACCAAACUUUUAUUUCCGUUAUUGUUAUUGUCUUCUAGUGCAAAGUGCAGUUUUGAAUCAGGUGUGUUAAAAGUUGUAUCAUCAUGAAUUGUUCCCUGGCAAUGUUUACAUUUUUACCACUUAGAUUUUUGUGAUAACUGAGCAAUCUUUAUGUAUUUUUACAAGCACAGCCUAAACAAUGACAAUGAUUUAUGUAUGUAAAAGUUAUGUAAAACAUUAGUAAAACGAUAAAGCAUUUAAUGCAUUUUAA